AUGGUCAAUACUAUGCCUUCGAAAACCACACCAAACACUCCUCAGUAUCUUUCCAACAAGACGUUUCAAAAAGAAGCAUCUCUUCCUAAUUUGCCUGUGCCACCGUUGAAUGAAACUUUGAAACAAUUGAAAGAAUCAUUGUUACCAUUGUUGAAUAAAGAGGAAUUGAUUCAAUUGGAUAAGAAGAUUGAAGCAUUUAAGAAAUCACCAAUCUCUUCAGUUUCACAGAAUCAUCUUUUGAAAUUCCAUCAAAAUGAAGAUUGUUAUUUAGAUCAUUUGAAUCUUGAUCAUAUAUUGAUUGAUCAUAAAGCAUUACCAAGAAACCCCUUUUUAAUUUUGGAAAAUGACCCAUUGAAACAAAUCCAUUGGGAUCAAAGUCAAUCUGAUCGUGCUGCUGUGUUGACUACUUCUGCUUUGAAAUUUAUUAGUUCUUUGAGAUUAGGUACAUUGACCCAAGAUCAAACUUUUGCUAGUGGAAUUCCGUUGACAAUGAAGCCAUAUUUGAAUUUAUUUGGUACUACAAGAAUUCCAGAAUUUGAUAGUAUUAGAUCCAAGACAAAUUUGAAUAGUGAUUAUAUCUUGAUCUUAUCAAAAUCACAAUUUUAUACUUUGAAAGUUUUGAAUGAUUCAAAUGAAUUGAUCUUUACAAAUAAAGAAUUAAAGAAAAUCUUGGAAGAUUUAUUGGAAGAGAUCGAAAAUGUGGAAAAUCCAAAUAGUACAGCUAUUGGUUCAAUCACAUCUGAUACUUAUAAGCAUUGGAAAUCUUCUAGGGAAUAUUUACAACGUGAAUUCAAAUCAAAUUUAAAUAAAAUUGAUGAUGCAUUAUUUGUAUUGGUUUUAGAUCAUUCAGAACCUAAUGAUACAAAUGAAGAUUUAGCCAAAACAAUUUCAGUAGGAACAUUGAAUAUUGAUUCUAGUGGUGUUCAAACUGGCUCUUGUACUUCAAGAUGGUAUGAUAAGUUACAAUUGGUUGUUACUAAAAAUUCAGUCGCUGGUGUUAUUUGGGAUUCAUUUACUGCUGAUGGUACAAGUGUACUGAGAUUUACAUCUGAUAUUUUCACUGAUUCUGUUUUAAGAUUAGGUGAUGGUAAUUAUACAUUGUUUCCAGGUGUUUCUAUAGCUAAACCAAGUGAUGCACCAAAUUCAAGUAAACCAAAACCUGAAAAAUUGGAUUGGAAUUUUGCACCAGAUGCUGAAACUUCUUUACAUCUUUCAGAAACAAGAUUGACUGAUUUGAUUUGUACUCAUUUAACAACAACAAAAACUUUAAAAUUUGGUCGUAAUUUUGCUAAAAAAAUUGGUGUUAAAGCUGAUAGUUUAAUUCAAGUUGCUUUACAAAUUGCUCAUUAUGCAUUAUAUGGUCGUCCAAUAUCAACUGUUGAACCUGUAUCAACUAGAGGUUUUAAAAAUUCAAGAUCUGAAUUAUAUCCAGUUCAAAAUGAUAUUAUCACCAAGACUUGUCAAAUUUUCAUUAGUGAUUCAUCAUUAGAAACUAGAUGGAAAUCAUUUAUUGAUAGUUGUAAUUUCCAUUCUGAUAACUUGAAAAAGUCUUCAGAAGGUGAAGGUUUUGAAAAACAUUUGAAAGCUUUACAAAAUAUUUAUUUACAACGUGAAAUUUUCAAUCAUUUAACUCCAGAAUUUGGAUUCAUAACUGAUGAAUUACCUCCUUUAUUGUUUGAUGAUAUUAUUUAUCCAUUAUUUGUUCCUGAUUUAGUUGCUUCAAAUUGCGGUAAUCCUGCAAUGAGAUUAUUUGGAUUAACACCAGCAGUUGCUAAUGGAUUUGGUAUUGGUUAUAUCAUUAAAGAUGAUGUUACUGAAAUUUGUUUGAUUACUCAAUAUAGACAAAAUGAAAGAUUUUUAUCAACUUUAGAUUGGGUUUUACAUCAAUUGCAACAUAUUUGGAAACAUGUUGGUAAAGUUAAGAUACCACAUGCUCAUGAAUUAGAUAAUAAUCUAAGAGGUCAUAGGGAUGUUGAAUCUAUUUCACUCAAGUCUGAUAUACAAGCAAGUGUGAUGUCAAGAUCUACAACUGCUGGUUCAAGUGAUGAAGAUAUUGAUAUAGCUCUUGGUGGGUAUGGUUAUUUUGAUAUUGAUGAUUUGACCAUAAGAUCAACAGUUCAAUCAAGAGCACCAACACCAUCAAUCUCCGCUCAUACUAGUUCAACUAAUUUAAAGGGGAAACAAUUUGAAGUUGAUCAAAACUUUGGUAGAAAAAUCAUUAAUGAACGUUUAAAAGAUUCUUUUGAAAAACAUGAAAGUGAUCAUAGUGAUUCCAAUAGUUCUUCUUCCAAUACGAAUACUAGUAGAAGUUCAGGUUCACGCUAUGAUACUAAGUUUGAUAGAGGUCAAGUCGGUAAAAAAGUCACCGUCAAUGAUGAUUGA